AUGUCAAGCCAUGACCUGGUCAAAUGGUGCCUGCUGAUCUCGUAUUUCUACGGUCGCUUCACGGGCGUAAUAAACUUUGAGGUUGAUAUAAAGACGGGUCGAACGCGGGUCACCAGAAGAGCUACGAUAUGUGCGGCCUUUUCUCAGUUCGUCAUGUUCGGCAUACUGGCCUCCCACUUGCUAAAUACCCAGGAAUUAACCAGUGUUAGGUUUAUUGUCAACUCUACCCACGAGUACGUGUUCCUGAUAAUUGCAAUCUUUCGCUUGAUUUGUGUGUUCCUCGCAAUGGUCAGUCGCUGGUGUCAACGUCGACACUUCGUCCGGCUUUUUAAGUCGUUCCGCCGCCUCUAUCUGUCCAAUCCGGACAUCGUAAGGUAUUGCCGCCGAGGUCUAUUGAGCAAGUUCAUCUGCGCCACAAUGUCGGAGACAAUGCAGGUUGUUGCGGUUCUUGUAAUGAUGCGAAAUCAGCUAAGCAUAAGAUCGGGCCUCGCUGUCUGGGCCCUCCUGAGCAUAACGGCCAUUAUUAAUGUCAUAAUAACACAGUAUUUCAUUGCGAUAGCCCACAUAAGAGGUAGCUACAUAAUCCUGAACCAGGAACUACGAUCAGUGAUGGCCGAGACCCGAUCCUUGAUGCCCGAUCGAAGCGGGGUUUAUGUAACCAGAUGCUGCUGCCUGGCCGAUCGCCUGGAGGGGAUCUCUCGAGCCCAAUCCGACUUGCAGGCUCUCGCCGAGCGACUGUCAAGGACCUACCAACUGCAGAUCCUUUGCUUGACCUUUACAUACUAUCUGAACCUGGUGGGAAAUGCAUACAUGGUGUACAGCUUAAUGAAGUACAAAAGUGUAACCGAUGAAUGGCCCAAAGCUGUUUUAUUUCUCGGCUCAGUUUACUUGGUAUUUUACUACAUUGAUUGCUGGCUUAAUUCCUUCAAUGUUUUCUAUCUCCUGGAUGCCCACAAUGAGAUGGCUAAGCUGCUGGGACUGAGAACUCUGCUACAACCCGGCUUGGACCGCAGACUGGAGGCAGUUUUUGACAACUUUUUGCUAAACCUAGCAAGAAAUCCAUUUAGAAUUCGGUGUUUUGGUCUAUUUGAAAUAAAUCGCAUGAAUUCAGUGGUGGUUGGUAACUCUCUCUUAACGCACUCCUUGCUUUUAAUCCAAUAUGAUGUACAACAUUUUAAGCUCUAAAAAAAUUAAUAAAUAUUCUUCUAUUAAACUUUGUCAUCCUAU